AUGGCCUCGAUAUCUCAACUACUUGGAAAUGCGCAAGCGAGCGCUUCUUCAAACCCCAAAGAGGCAGAAAGACUAUACAAGCAAAUUCUAUCAACAACCAGUGGAUUGACAUCGAAGGAACCCCCAAAGAAUGAUGAGCAGGUGCAGAAUUUACGAGACCAGGAGGUGGCGUUGGUGAAGCUGGGAGAACUGUAUCGCGAUCAGAAGAAUGCCCAAGGCCUCGCCGAUGUCAUUACACAAUCCCGAGCAUUUAUGUCCUCGACGGCGAAAGCAAAGACUGCAAAACUCAUCCGAACCCUCCUCGACUACUUCAACCCCAUCCCCGGCAGCCAGAAGAUCCAAAUGCAAGUCCUGACGGACAACAUCGCAUGGGCGAAGGCAGAGAAGCGGAUAUUUCUUAAGCAUAGUCUCGAGACGCGUCUCGUCGGGAUCCAACUCGAAACACAACAGUACCUCCCCGCCCUCGCUCUCAUCGACACCCUCCUGACCGAGCUCAAGCGGUUAGACGACAAGAUGAUCCUCACGGAGGUGCACCUCCUCGAGAGCCGCGUGUAUCGCGGGACCGGGAACCUCGCAAAAGCCAAGGCGGCGCUCACGUCCUCGCGCACGGCGGCCAACUCGAUCUACUGCCCGCCUCACCUGCAGGCGUCGCUCGAUCUGCAGAGCGGGAUCCUGCAUGCGGAAGACAAGGACUAUACGACGGCGUACUCGUAUUUCUUUGAGGCGUUUGAGAACCUGAGCGCCCAGGGGGAGGAGAGUGCACUCGGGGCGUUGAAGUAUAUGCUAUUGUGCAAGGUCAUGCUGAAUUUGCCUGAAGACGUCAACUCGCUGCUAACGAUCAAGCUCGCCCUGAAAUACGCCAAUAUGCGCGACGUGGAGAGCAUGCGUGCCAUCGCACGAGCACACCAAAACCGCAACCUGGCAGAUUUCGAGAAGGCCCUACUGGAAUACAAAGAGGAGCUCUCCUCCGAUCCCACUAUUCGUUCUCACCUGGCCGCUCUGUACGACACCCUCCUCGAGCAGAACCUCCUGCGGAUCGUCGAGCCGUACUCCGUGGUUGAGAUUGCAUAUGUUGCUGAGACGGUUGGCCAGGAGCGCCAGGCCGUCGAGGCGAAGCUCUCGCAGAUGAUCCUGGAUAAGGUACUGCAUGGUGUGUUGGACCAGGGCCGAGGGUGCCUACUGGUGUAUGAUGAGCCUGAAGUCGAUAACAUGUACGGUCCCGCAUUCGAGACGAUGGAGCAAGUAGGCAAGGUCGUCGAAUCCUUGUAUGCGAAGACGAUUCGUAUUGCAUAG